AUGCACCGUCAUCAUGUCCUCCCUAUUUCGACCAUGCUGCUCGUCGCGGCUAACCUCCUCAUACCUGUCGCAAUCCUUCUCUUUGCGAUAGGCUUCUUUCCCUAUAAGCCUUUCCUACCAGGUCUAGCCGAGUAUCAGCCGCUCGAGUAUGGCUCACCACCUGAAGCACCGUUUGAUCGUUUGAUAUUCAUGGUCGUUGAUGCUUUGCGCAGCGACUUCGUAUAUACAAAUGGCUCGGGUUUUGAAUUCACUCAACGGUUGAUUUCUGACGGUGUCGCCAUUCCCUUUACCGCCCAUGCGACUUCGCCCACUAUCACGAUGCCUCGAAUAAAGGCUAUCACCACCGGUUCCACGCCUUCUUUCCUCGAUGCUAUCCUAAGUUUCGAUGAAGCCGACACCUCUUCCACCCUUGCCGUUCAGGAUACUUGGCUUGCCCAGAUGAAAGCGAAACGAGCCGGGAAGCUAGUUAUGUACGGUGACGACACGUGGCUGAAAUUAUUCCCGGGGGUAUUCGAUCGAGCGGAUGGUACUUCAAGCUUCUUCGUCUCCGAUUUUACAGAAGUGGAUAACAAUGUGACGAGACAUAUUCCCGACGAAUUGCGCAAUGACGAUUGGAACACUAUGGUUCUUCAUUACCUUGGUCUGGACCAUAUUGGCCACAAGACCGGUCCUCGUGGUCCGAACAUGAUACCAAAGCAGAGGGAGAUGGAUGGAGUUGUCCGCACGAUCUACGAGGCGCUGGAAACGCAGCCGCACCUCCAAUCGACUUUGCUUGUUUUCUGUGGAGACCAUGGCAUGAACGAUGCUGGAAAUCAUGGAGCCUCGUCUCCUGGAGAGACCUCGGCUGCUCUGGUGUUCGUAUCGCCCAAGUUGAAAUCUAUAAUUAAACCCGUCAAAGUACCGGCGGAUUUUGUCGAGGAUUUCCAGUAUUAUAGUGUUGCCGAACAAUCCGAUCUAGCUCCAACCCUUGCCGCUUUGCUUGGGUUUCCAAUACCAAAGAACAACCUAGGCUCUUUCAUGUUAGAUUUUCUACCUUUGUGGCCAAAAAAAAACGACAAGGUCCAAAUUCUCAUGCGCAAUGCAAGACAGAUCCUUGAUAUAAUCACCGCGACCUAUAGCGGUUCGUUGUCACCGGGUAGACAACAUACCCCGAAUUGUAUCCGUCCUGGGUCGCCCGCCGAGGAGUUGGCCUGUGAAUGGCAACCCAUCAGCAAACUAGCUGAAACGAUAUCGACAGGGGGGGAUGCGGACGAUGAUUGGAUUACAGCUGCCUCAAAGUGGCUAUCUAAGGCUCAGACUCUGAUGAGUAGCAUGGCUAGCAACUAUGACAUAUCUAUGCUAGUCUACGGCGAAGUAAUAACUGCGGCAGCUUCUAUCAUGGCUGUAUAUGUUGCAACAACGUCAGCCUCUUUGACAGCUUCUAGCCUUAUAGCUUUCCUCCUUAUAACCCUCCUAUAUGGCAUAAUGAUGUUUGCUAGUAGUUAUGUCGAGGAAGAGCAACAUUUCUGGUAUUGGUCUACAUCUGCCUGGCUCCUUUACCUUGUCAUAAGAUCGCCCUCUAAUGCAACCAAACGGCCAUUUAUUAUGGGUUUAGUUGCGCUCGGCGCCAUGAGGCUCAUCCGAGGAUGGAACCAGACUGGGCAAAAAUUUGCUGGCGAACCCGAUAUUAUGACUAGUUUUGUGGCAUCAAACCCCCAGUUACUCUGGUCUCUUGUCAUCGGAACGUACGCAAUAGUCUCGUGGAAGUUAUUCAACAACCUCAGGAAUAUUCCUCCCGUUGUAUCAGGCUCCAUUAUCGCGGGCCUUACGACGUCUGCAGUAUCCUUCAAGCUAGCCUUCACUAGCGAAGAUGCCCCUGAAUUGAUCGUUGGGUUUGCUAGGACUCUUGUAAACAUAUUUGAUGGGCCUUCGCUUUUGAACCGAGCACGAGCAGUUUUUCUCGGCCUUGGGAUCACUUCGAUAUAUCCCCUAUAUAACCUUUUGGUACAUGGGACUAAGUCAUCCAGAGAAGAAGCUAUGCGUGCUUUGCACCAUCUAUUCACACUAUUCGUGUUAACACAAUCGCGGGUGACUAACGUACCGCUCUUUUUAUUAUAUCAGGUCAUAUUCUCCUACUUAAGCGAGCUUAGUUUGGGAGCGGCGGAGAUCACCAUAUCGUCGCUUCUUCUUCAAUUUACCUCCUUUUUUGCGAUGGGAGGUUCUAAUGCGAUAUCCGGUGUAGAUCUUUCAAAUGCAUAUAAUGGCGUUAGCGGGUUCAAUAUUAUAGCCGUGGGAAUUCUGACGUUUCUUAGCAACUGGGCUGCUCCAGUGUGGUGGACGUCGGCUUCCAACCUACUACUAUUGCGGAAUAGGCAGUUAACAAAGGAUGGGUAUAGCCGUGUGUAUCAACAACACGCUGCCCUCUUGACGGUGUUUGUGGCGAUUGCCCUUGAGUUCGUGAUGGUCGCUUGUACGACACUGAGGACGCAUUUAUUUAUUUGGACGGUGUUCUCGCCAAAGUACUUAUACAGCAUGGCUUGGAGUUUAGGUCAGCAUUUGAUUAUUAAUAUGGCGUUUGGGGGUUUAUUAUAUUGGCUGGGCCCUAAAUAA